AUGCGUAUCGCUUACGUUGUUGCUGGACUAAUCGCCUUGAAUGCAAAUGUCUCUGAAGCCGGUGUCGUGGUACCUCAUGGCGCCCAGGCGAACAUCUUCACCCCUGUCAUUGCGAAGAGCCCCCCAGCUGAGCUUGGUGACAUGAACUCGACCAAGGGGGAAGAUAAUACUCAAGAGGAUAAAAAGUCAGACCCUGACGAUGGCGUCGGCCGUGUCCACUCCAGUGUCCACGGCGCAUCGGACGCUCGGCCCGGUUCCAUCCCCGGAGACCAAUCCUCUGACCAGGAUGGCUACAGCCUGCCCACUUCUUCCGACACUAAUCAUGGUUCGCCACUCGAUAAGCUCACCCUCUUGACCAAGCCUGUUGCCCACAGCGCCAUUCACCAAGUUCCAGCUGAGGCUCCCCAGCCCGCUGACGCGCUCCUCAGAGCCAUUGAACAACUCAGUGAGGAUGCCACCCAUCAGCUUCCAGUCCAUGUCCCGGGCGACAUUAUGUCUUCCACAACCUCAAGUCCACUCUCAGCCCCGUCGCACCUAAUCACCCCAGUCAUCCCCCAAACUGCCCUCCCCAUCUCCCAAGUGCCCAACACAAUCCACUCGACCAUCCCCUCCGCAGACCCAUCAGCCCUACUCUCCAGCUUACCUGUGGGCGGCUUGAGGCAAGCCAGCAACUUGAUCCAUUCCACCCUCCCUAAUCUGGCCGGGCUCAGCCCGAAUCUAUCCAACCUUCCUUUGCCAAUCGUUGGCGGCAACCCCGGUGGUUCUAACAGCGGCCUUCCAGUGCCUAUUCCCUCAGAGCCAACCAACAUUAUCAGUCCCAUCCUUUCAAGUCUUCCCGUAGAGGGCGUCGAAAGUGCUCUCCCAGUAUCAGACCCUACCAACUUAGUCAACCGAGUCUUCUCCAACUUGCCAGUCAGCCAAUCCCCCUUAGGCUCUCUUCCGGUUGACCCCUCAACUCUUGCUAGCCCCAUCCUAUCUGCCUUGCCGGUUCUUGGUAACGGGAAUUCCGGAUCUCCCUUGAGCUCCCUUCCUUCCGACUCAUCCACCUUGGUUAACCCGGUUAUCUCCAAUUUGCCCGGCGGCCAAUCAGUUGGCAACAUCAUUCCCGGAUCCACCUUGAGCUCUUCCCCAGUUGACCCUGCUAACUUGACCAAUCGAGUCAUCUCCAACUUGCCAAUCGUUGACGCAAGCUCCGGUUCUCCCUUGAGCUCUCUCCCGGUAGACCCCUCCACCCUGGUAAGCCCCAUCCUAUCUAACUUGCCAGUGGGCCAGUCAAACGGCUACACUCAAGGUCCCGGAACGCCUUUGGACUCUGGUUUGGUCAGCCCGGUCCUCUCGAACUUCCCAGGAACUCAAUCCGUCGGCAGCAUCGUCCCCGGAGGUUCCUUGAGCUCUCUCCCUGUGGACGCAGCAAACCUGGUCAAUCGAGUAAUAUCUAAUCCGUUGGGUGAUAUGAGCUCCCUUCCAGUUGACCCAUCAACAAUCCUCUCGGGGCUUCCAGUAGAAGGCACUGGCUUCGCGACCAAAAUUUCAACCUCAGAAGCUAACAGGAAAAACAAUAACACCUUGGUGGAACGUGGGCGCGGGCAUCGGGGACUGGAUGCGCCAAUCAAAGACUUGCUUGGCCACGGAAUGGGCUUGGGUAUUCUGGGAGACUCAAACGAUGACAACGACGAUGAUAAUAUGGAAUUUAGUGGAGGCUGGGCAACUUACUUCACUCAAAAUCAAAUAGCAGGAGCAUGUGGAAAGGUACACGAAGACACAGAUGUAAUUGUGGCCUUGGAUUAUCGGCGGUAUGGCGCACUCAACAAGAUAUCCAAACAUUGCGGCAAGAAAGUGAGAAUUACGAGUGGGGACAAAACAAUCAUUGCGACAGUCGCAGAUGCCUGCCCGACUUGCUUAAACCAAAAUUCCCUCGAUUUGAGUGAAGGAGCGUUCAAAAAGCUAGGCGUGACCGUUCAAGAGGGCAUGAAGCCAAUCACCUGGAAGUUCAUUGAUUAG